AUGAAGACACUUCUAUUACUUGCAACUUUGCUAGCGCUUGUAUUCUUGUGCCAAGCUCAAUUUGGCAUCAGACCAAAUCGUCCUUUCGGUGGAUUUGGCGCUUUCGGGCGUCCCGGCGGUAACAGUGGAUUUGGACAAUUUGGUGGUGGUGCUGGAGGUUUUGGUCAGAACGGACCAUUUGGUGGAAUACCGGGAAAUGGUGGCUUUAACCCAUUCCUUCCUGGUGUCAACUUUGGUGGUGGUGCUGGUGGUGGUUUUGGUCCAUUUAAUCCUGGAGGUUUUGGAAGUGGUGGUUUUGGAGCAUUUGGACGUGGUGGUGGCGGAAGUGCUGGAGCCGGCGGCGCACCGGGACAACCUGGUCAGAAUAAUGGUGGUGGAAUAUUGGGCGGCGGUGCAGGUGGCGGGACUGGCCAAGGAAAUAAUGAAUAA